AAAUUCACGACUGUACAAUCCAGAUACUAAAUCACAGAAAAGCAACCGCCAAGCUCCCACGAUGGAGCGAACGUUACUUUUACUUCUAGCCUUAACGGCAGGAAUCUGGGCGGGACCUAUAAAUGAUAUAGCAUCAGGUGAUACAUGCUCAACAACAUGCACAGACUCUACAAAAUUCGGAUAUCAACCUGGAACUACUUAUGAAUACGACUACGAUGUGGACACAACCACUCUCAUUCAGGGGGCGUCUGAAGGGAAAUCGGGAAUGAAAAUGACCACCAAAGUUCAAGUGGAAGUUCUGUCAAAGUGUGACCUUGUUCUGAAGGUCAAGAAUGUACAGCUUCACGAGCGAAACCCCGAGUCACCAGAAAAUUUUGUCCUGUCAGCCAUGUCCGGAGAAUUCAGCAAACAGUUGGAGGAGAAUUCACUGAGAUUCUCUUUCCAAGAUGGUCGCAUUGAGUCUCUGUGUCCAACUGAGAGUGAGAAGACCUGGGUUCUCAACAUCAAACGAGGUAUCCUUUCCCUCAUUCAAAACACAAUGGAAGAUCUACAGGUUGACCAGAAAGUCAAGGAGGCUGACGUGACAGGAACAUGUGAUGCUGACUACACAGUGUCCGAGAAUGGGUGGUACACCGUGACCAUUAAGAAGCACAAGAAUCUUUUAGGCUGCACAGAACGCCAAGGAUUCCAAACAGCUUUGCAAGGAACACCAUACAGAGUUCCAUCGGAAAUCCAGUCCUUGCCUGUCAUGAAGAGUAGUCACUCUUGCCAGCAGGAAAUUAGCAAAUCUGGAAUCCUGAAAGGAUCUUCCUGUACAGAACAGCAUCUGUUUAGACCGUUUUCACGAGAAUCAAGUGGCGCUAUCACAGAGAGCAGACAGACACUGAAAUACACGACCGAGAAAAGUGGAGUAUCAUCAGCAAGAUCUGUGAGCAGGAAGACUGACAUGAACUUUGAGCACUACUCAGAUGCUGCCAGUAGCAUGAAAACUCGCAAAGACAUUGAAAGACAACUGGUCAAUAUUUGCAUCCAAACAAAGGAGGAUAUUCGCCCUGAGACACCUCGUCUUUUCUCCGAUCUUGUGUAUAUCAUGCGAGCAGCCGACUCUCAAACUCUGAAUGACGUUUAUUCAAACAUACAGAGUGGUACUCUCUGCAGUGACAACAACCAGAAAGUCAGGAAGUUUUUCAUGGAUGCAGUUCCCAUGGUUGGAACAUCAGCCUCUGUUGUCAUGCUUACCAAAAUGAUCAACGACAAUGAGGUGACAGGAAUGGAGGCCGACAUGUGGUUGACGACCUUGGCCUUUAUCCAAAGUCCUUCGAAGGAUAUGAUCAGAGAAGUCUUGCCUCUUCUGAAGAAGAAUGGUAAGGCAUUGCUGGCUGUGAGCUCCUUAGUCAACACCUAUUGCAAGAACGCUGCUUGUGAAAACGAUUUGGACAUCGCUAAUGUCAUUUCUGCUCUGGAGGAUAAAAUUGGAUACGGCUGCUACGUUGAUGAAAACAACAAAGACAAUAUCAUCUUGACGCUUCGCGCUCUUGGGAAUUCUGGUUACAUUAGCUCAGCUACUGCAACACUCAACAGCUGCAUCUCCCGAAAAGACAACCCAAUUGAAGUACGAAUUGCUGCAAUCGAAGCCUUCCGUCGUGCAUCUUGUGAGAAUGACAGAAGUCAGGUUUUAAAAGUUUUCAAUGACAAAGAAGAAGACUCUGAAUUAAGAAUAGCCGCCUACUUGGCCCUGAUGCAAUGUCCAUCUAAAAGCAUUCUGUCUACAUUUCAAUACGCUCUGGAGAAAGAAGAGGUUAACCAAGUCGGUUCUUUCAUCUGGUCUCAUCUCACAAAUCUGAUGGAAUCCUCCAGUCCACUGAAACAGGACAUCAGAUCCAUCCUGGAAAACGAGUACCUGAAAAAAGAAUUUGAUAUGGACAAGAGAAAGUUUUCUAGAAAUUACGAAGGAUCCUUCUUCCUCGAGAAAAUCAACACAGGGGCUUCAGUUGAAAGUAAUUUGAUCUGGUCGUCGAAAUCAUUCAUUCCGCGAUCACUGAUGGCUAACCUGACAGUAGACUUGUUCGGAAGAUCUGUUAACAUUCUUGAAAUAGGAGGACGAGUUGAAGGUCUGGAGUUUUUCUUGGAAUCCUACUUUGGACCCAAUGGGUAUUUUACCGAAAAGGAUGUCAAGAAGGCAACCAGCCAGGUAGUUAAAGGUAUUGAUGCCAAGAAAAUGAAGAAAAUCGACAGCCAGUUCGGUAUGGGAAUGGAUCAACUAAAAGGAGCUCUAUACAUGCGAAUGUUUGGAAACGAAUUAUCCUACAACAGUUUCAACGGAUUUGAGAGUCUUUUGAGUGGAGAUAGUUUCAACAUUCUAGAGAUGUUGAUCAGCAUGUCUAAAAACCACGACUAUUCCUUCACACAGAACAUCAUGUUCUUGGACACUUCCAUGAUUAUUCCAACCAGUGCUGGAUUCCCAUUGAAUUUGACAAUUAACGGAACAGCCACAAUUGACAUGAAAGCCUCCGGAAAGGCUGAUCUCCGAAAGCUGGGUACAAGCCCGAGUAGUCUUCUUAUUAGUGGAUCAAUUCAACCCAGUGCUGCAGUCGAGAUCUCUAGUAUGAUGAGUGUCGAUGCUUUUGUGACAAAGAGCGGAUUGAAAAUGGUGUCAACUGUUCACUCCAGCACGCUGCUAAAAGGUCAUUUAGAAUUGCAAGAUGGAAAGAUUUUCAAUGCCAACUUGGACAUACCGAAAGACAAAAUGGAAAUAUUUAGCCUGAAGACUGCUUUCUUUACUGUUCACCGAGAUGCGGAAAAAGAACAAAAAAUGAUCACAAAAAAUAGGCAGACUCACAAAACAUGCACUGGAUCCCGUCUUUCCAAAGUCACUGGACUGAAAUUGUGCGGAGAAAUUCAAUUUCCCAAUGCAUCUCUUGAUGCCAACGCCCCGUACUUCCCUCUGACUGGACCAGUGAAUAUUGAUCUAUCCCUGUUGAAAGCUGAUUCGCACAAGUCAUAUAAUAUAGAGGCUAGGUUUACCUCGAGCAAGAAGGACGUUAACAUCCGUAUGGCUUUUGACACACCAGGAUCACGAGUUGACAGGGCUCUUUCCGCAGAAUUUCUUCUGAACAAAGCGGACUCUAAAAUUCAGCUUGGUUUACAGUCACCAUGGAGUAAAUAUGCCUUUACAGGUAAACUCCAGAAUGAAAAAAAUCUGAAACAUGUUAGUGGAAAAUUCGUCCACAAUAAGAGGGAAUACUCAGUAGUUGCAGAACUGGCAAAAAAGAGGAAGGGUAACUCUUAUACUUAUACACCUAAUGUGGAGAUAUCUGCUCCCAAAAUGAAACCCAUCCAACUUAAAGGAGGAAUCAACUACGAAGGAAUGAAAGUUUUAGACGCUAAUUUGGUGUUAAGCGGAGUAUCCAAACAACCAAUUAAGACUUCAGUAAAUUAUGCUAAAAAGCGCGUGGUGGUGUUAGCUAAAGCCAGUAUCAGCUUUGAGAAGAAGAAAGAGUAUGUGAUUGAGUCCAGAGUUCAGAAAUAUGCUACUAAGAAAGCUGCUAAGUAUAGACCAUAUCUAUCCAUCAAAACACCUGAAAAGGAACUCAUAAGCUUUGGAGGUUCAGCUGAAUACAGAAGCGGAAAGGCUUUAAAGGUCGAUUUAACCGUUGAUCGCAUCGUUUCCAAACCCAUGAAAUUCUUCGUUCAACUGAGAGAUGCUAGUAACAAAAAGAGUACAGGAAUACGAUCCAAAAUCGACAUCAAAUCUCCCAUCUUAACAACAAAGUUAACUUCCAUGUUCCUGUUGAAAAAUAAGAAAAUAGCCAUAGUACGAUCAACACUUGAUUACGUCAUUCCCCGUGUCAAAAGAGACAAGGUCACUCUAAAUGGAAAACUCAAUGUUGCCAACACGAAGAGCCUUUCAGCUGCAAAAGGAAACAUGAUUCUGAGCUUCAAACAGCAAUCUGACUGCAACGUCAACGUCAACUUCGAUAUCAGCAAGAACUGGAAACACUCCGAGGCCACUGUCAUUGUCCAAUACGGAGCAAACAAGAAAGAUAGGAAGAAGCGGAUUGAGAUUGCCACUGCAAUGAAUCAUAUUCUGAAUAAGAAACAGAAGAAGUUCAAUCUUGACGCUAACACCAAAUUCAUCUUCCCGUACCUUGGUGUGAACUAUCAAAUGAAAGGAAAACAUGUUCAGACUUCCAAAUCCAUUGAUUCUUCCUUGGAUGUCCUCUUUGGCAAGAAAUCCUCCUACAGUGCUUCUUUGGAGCUUACAGACAAAUCCAAGAAAUUUAGAAGUCUGGUAGGUAAACUAGGCAUUUCUAUUCCAGGCAGAGAUAUUGUCAUCAGCAAUAUCUUUGAUCAAACCAACGCCAAGAAAUGCAGCAACGUUAUCACAAUUCAACUGGAAAACGGAAAGAAAUGCGUCAUCCAAACAAAGGUACGCCAAGUUGCAGUAAAGGAAUACGACAUCUCUACCUCUUUCAACAUUCCCUCCUACGAAAUGUUGACUGUCUCAGGACAGUACAGACUCAUUCCUACAAAUCUACAGGCCAACUCUGAAGUUCAAUAUGGCAAAACAAAAUAUGCAGUUUCCCUGUCCUCUCUGGUCCGUCCUGGAUCUAGAAUCCAGUUGGCAGCUGAUAUCGAAAAUCCCGCCCGCAAAAUCAUAGCGGAGUUUGACACUCGAAUGAAAUCUCCAGUGUACUCCAGCAAAUUGGAUGUUAAAUGGGAUGCAAAUAAAGACCCUUCAAAACAACUGAUGCUACAAGGCGACAUUACCUUUGAAGGAAUUGAGAACUUGGAAGCUACAAUUUCAAAAGUAAGUCCUUUGGGAUCGGGCAGUAUUAAUCUGAAACACCAGGGUGGAGCUAAAUAUACUACCCAUGCCGAUGCUGAAUGGGAUAAAAAGAAAGUUUCCGUAGACUCUAUGUUUGGUAAGGAAAAGAAUGGCUACAAGGCUGGUCUGAAAAUUGCAUCUCCAUUCAAAGACUACAAAUCCAUUAAUAUCAAUGCUGGUCAUCAACUUGACAAAACACAAUCUUCGACAAACAUAGAGAUUGACUGGAAACCAAUGAAGCGCAUGUCUUCCACCCUCUCCGUGAAACGGCCAUUGCAAUGGGAUGAUUUUGAAGCAAGUCUUGAUUUAAAAACACCAGUUCCAGGAUUUGAAAGAUCUGGAGUCGAAAUGAAGCACAAGAAGACCGGACGAAUUGAAAGUAUGAUCAAAUUGUCUUGGAACAAGGAUUUCCUUCAAGCGGAUAUGCUUGCUGCUGACCAAACGACGUCUUCUUCCAGAGAUAUCACAGGAAGACUGAGUCUGAAAUCAACUCUGCAACAAAUAGCAUCUCUCUACCUUGCUGCAAAACAUGUUGACACCGGAAAGAGAUUUGAAAAUAGCCUUACUUUCGAGCACAACGGAAACACUUACAGCUACCUUGGAGAGGUAAUGCAUUUUCGAAAUGGAUGGAAUUUACAGAGCAGUGGCAAUGUCAAGCUAAGCAGUCCAUCAAGACAAGUAGAAUCCUCCUGGGCUCACAGAAACACAUUUGAAGAGAUCCAAACUAUUUUCAAAUUUGGAUCCGAUGGUAGCAUCGUUGACUUCAGUGUAAAUGCAAAGCAGAGUAUGUCAAUUCCACGUGGAACACUAUCUUUCGAUACAACUUUGCGUUCUCCCUUUAGCAUUGCUGAAGACAUUGCUCUGACGAUUUCACAUGAACACGGUGUUGGAAUGAUCGAUAACCAGAUCAAUUACAGUAGUAAAGGAAGGAAAGUCAUCUCUUUGGUGAACAUCUAUAAACGACACAACGGAGUUGCUACAUCAAGUCACACUCUUUCAUGCCAUGGAGACACUAAGAGCCUGUCAAUCUCCUCUCAAUAUGAUCGAUAUCCUCUAACAGGUAAAGUUGAAUAUCUUUCUAACAAGAAAUCCCUUGGUAUGAUAGAUGGACAUUUUGAUUUCCUUCCAACUGGACUGAUGAGCGGAAGAGUCGAACUAGUAAGUCAGAUACCUGGAGUAGAAAAGUUGAAGCUUAGUAUGGACCAAUCCAACGAAAGAGGUGAAACUGUUACAAGAUCAUCCAUCGUCCUACCAUCUGGAGAUUCCAUCACGAUGGAAAAUCGUGGACAAUGGAAUAACAAGAAGAGUUUUAACACUGUUUUAACGACACCACAUAGAAAUCUUCGCAAAAUGACCAUUGGUGCCGAGUUCUCAGGCAAUUCCAAAUCAUUCCAUACCAGUGCUAAUUUGAUGGUCGAUCCUUUAGUUGGAGCUAUGUCCGUUACUUCUCAAUGGAGUUCAUACGGUGGAAUAAUAGCAAGCAUCCAGGUCAAAACCCCAUUUGAGCAGUAUAAACAAAGCAGUGUCUCAUUUACACAUAAUGACCAAAAGGCAAAGAAAGUUACCGAACUGAGUAUUGAAUAUUUGCCAGGUAAAACAAUUAAGGUGGAGUCUACUUUACGCCCAAAUCUUCAAAAUCUUGAAGGCAGCAUUGCUCUCACAACACCUUUCCAAGAGCUUCCCUAUUCUGCAGCAUUGAUUCGUCAUACCGGCAAUAGUGGUCAAUUCCAAUGUCAUGGUGAGAUUGAAUACACCCGAGGAAAGAAAAUUCAAGGAGACUUAACCUUUUCCAAUGAUAAGAAGUUAGAAGGAACUUUGGUACUAAGAUCUCCCUUUGCAAAAGAUUUUAUUGCUGCAUUCAACCACGAAGGGUCCAUUUCCCAAUUCUCUUCCCACGCUGAAAUGCAGUAUGGAAAGUCAAAGAAAUACGAAAUUACUGGAAAUUAUGGCAAAUCAGCUGGUAGUAUUUUGAUUAAAUCUCCACUCCAUGAUGAUAUAGCCGCUUCUUUCAAACAUAUGGGUACCAUAUCCGAUUUUAGCUCACAUUUGGAUGCUUUAUAUGGCAGAGGAAAGAAAUAUGAAUUGGAUGCCAAAUAUAGCCAACAAACGGGUAGUAUUAGCAUCAAAUCCCCUUUGUCAGAAGACAUGAGAGCGUCAUUCCAGCAUAAAGGAGAAAUGACAGAUUUUGUAUCUCAGGCUGAAUUUCAGUAUGGCAAAUCCAAGAAGUACGAGGCCAAUGCUAAGCUUUCACUCGCCAAAACAUGGACAGGGUCCUUAUCAUUUGACUCUCCAGUCACAGAUGACUUUGCAACAUCUUUUUCACAUGCUGGUCAAGUUAAGGACUUCAAAAUCACUGCCGAUGCUAAAUAUGGUAAACAUAAAGGGUCAAUUACUGCAAUGUUCAAAAAUGCAAAGAAGACUAUCGGAUCUUUGGAAUUCAAAUCUUCCUUUGUGGAUGAUAUGACGGCUGCAUUUUCUCACGAAGGCUCACUUAAGACUUUCGAUACCAGUGCGUCACUGAAAAAAGGAAGAAAGGUUAUAUAUGAAACAUCUGUUGCAUUCUCAAACGGAAAGAAAUUGAUUGGAUCAGCUACACUAAAAACACCAUUCCAUAAGGAUGUAUCAGCCACAUUCAAACACUCCGGAGAUCUUUCAGGCUUUUCAACGACAGGUGCUGUAAAAGUAGACAAGAAAAUGCAGUUUAAAUUGAAUGCGGAUUUGGUAAAUAAGAAGAGAACUAAAGCAAAAAUUCAGAUUCAAAAUCCAUUCACCGAGACCAUCACACUUACUCUUGUCAAGAAAGGCAAACCAACGAAUAUGAGAGUAAUUACAAACGCACUUCUAGGCAAAGGAAACAAAUAUACAGCCGAUAUUACCAUGAAACGAGGAUCAGCUUCUGUUGUUAUUGUCAACAUGGCCACCCCAAUUCCCGGGUACAAGAAGAUGAAGGGAAUCUGGAAGUUCAGCGGAAAUAAGAGGAGUUUCAAAACAAGCGUUCGUGGUUCAAUUGGAAAGGAAUUUAUCACUGCAGAUCUUAAGAUGUCUAUCCGACCAAAUUUCAAAGCUGAUAUUUCCUUUGAAACACCGUUUAAGGGACUGAAAAAGGCAGGAGUCAUCCUUUCUCAUCAAGGGACUCUUCGUGAUUUUAAAUGUCACGGAGAAGUAACAUUAGGAAAGAAGAAACUAUAUAAUGGAGAUAUUAUAUUCACCAUAGAUCCAAAGAUCGCUGUCUCAAUUGCACUUCAAACUCCAUUCAGGAAGUUUGAAAAUACUGAACUGUCUGUGACACAUGAUGGGUCCUUACAAAAUUUCAACAACCAAGUAAAUAUCAUGUUCCUGAAUAAAAAGAGAAUUGCCUCGAGCCUGAAAAUGGAUUUUGAGUCUGAUAUUUCAGUUGAAAUGUCAGUCCAAACACCGUUCAAAGAUUAUGAAAUGCUACAAGGAUCGUUUUCUCACAAAGGCACAUGGAAGAAGUUCCAAAUCCAUGCCGAAGGGUCUGAUGGGUCCAACAAGAAAUUUACCGGUGACAUUGACAUGGACGUAAUUGAUCACAUCAAAGGAAAUAUGCAGUUGACAACUCCUUUUCAAUUCAUGCAUCGUCUGAAAGGCAGUAUUUCGCAUGACGGAACAUUCAACAACUUCAGAAGCCAUCUCCAAUUUCAACACAACAACGACAAAUCUGAAAUGGACGUGAAUUUCAGUUCUUUGGCCAACCUGGAAGGAAAAGUAAUUGUCAAGUCGCCAUACAUCAAAACAAUUGAGGGUACCUUUCUUCAUAAAAGUUCUCCUAUGUUUACUUCUUCAACAAUCAAAUACGGAGGUAAAAGUCUUUUGGAUGGAAGAUUCUCUCUGAAGUCCUCUCCGGUGCAGGGAUUACUCAUCUUAGAUACAAUUUACACAAAACCUCUGAAAGCCACUAUAAAACACUCGGGUACAAGUAGACAAUUCAAGACAGAUGUACAAAUGAAUUAUGGCAAACAGAAUAUUAUAUUUACAACAGAGUUCGACUCAACUAACGACAUCUCUGGCAGAGCAGCAGUGACUACCACAUUCGGAAAAAUCAACAGUUUAUCUGCUUCAUUUUCCCAUGCAGGAAGAAUAAGCAACUUCAAAUGCCAUGCUGAGGUAUCUGCUAAUGGUGAAAAAGUGGAGGGUGACGUGACCUUUAACAGCCUUGGUCCAAUUGAGGGAGCACUGGCCAUACGCACGCCGUUUACUGAUUAUCGAGAGAGUGACUUUUCCUUCCGACAUAAUGGAGGAAUAUGGAAUUUUAACAGUCAUGCCGAUUAUUCACUUGAAGGCCAGAAAUCCGAAGUUCAGUUGACCGUAGACACCGACAGAAAAGUAAACAUUGAUGGCUUCAUCAAACGGCCAUCUUCUGACGAUAUCAUUUUUAAACUAAAUCAUGCUGGAUCAGGUCAGAGAUUCAAGAGCGGCACUGAAUUGACUUAUGGCGGGGAGAAGAAAAUCCAAGGAACGCUUUCCUUUAACACCGUUUCUUCGUUAUCCUUCGAAGCUUCCCUGAAAUCAAAAUGUCCAGUGGUGAAGAACAUUCAAGUCUCCGUGUCACAAGAUGGUACUUCAGAGAAUUUCAAUAUCCAGUCUUCAGGCAGUUUCAACGGUAAGAAAGUGACAGCUAAUUUCGGACUCGAUCGACGCAGUGGGAUGAAUGGCUUCGUGACUCUGAAAACUCCAUUCUCUGAAGAUAUCAAAGUCAUGCUGAAACAUAAUGGAGCAGUUACAAACUUUAAAACUGUAGGAAAAAUUUCGUAUAGUGGAAGAAAACAAAUAGAAAUUGACACCUCCCUCGAUGUGCUGUCGUCAGUCAGCGGACAAAUGUCUUUGAAAACUCCACUCCGUCAAUUAGAUGAUGUUCAAGUUCAUUUCCGCCAUGAUGGAGAUCUGAACAACUUUAGAUGCAAUGGAAAAAUCAGUUUAUCCGGAAAGGAAAUGCUAUCUGCUGAUAUUUCUUAUGACUUCAAACCUAUUUCUGUAUCUUUCAACAUCAAAAGCAUAGCUGGAAAAUUGUCUGGAGCUUUCACCCAUGCACAGUCAACAAGCUCCAUGCAAUCCCACGCUGAACUGAAUGUCAAUGGAGAAAAUACUCAAGCAGACAUUACCUAUUCUAAUAAUGGAAUUAAAGAAGGAACUGUAAGAUUAUCAACUCCAUUCAGUGAAACUAGUGGUGCCUCGUUCACUCACGAAAACAAUGAUGGCCAAAUUAAAAGCAGUAUAAACAUGCAUUCAGGAGACAAAUCUAUCAUCAGUGCUGCUGAAAUUGCUUUUGAUGAUGGAAUGAGUGGUAAAUUCAUCAUCACAACACCGUUUGAAGGAUUUAGAGAAUCUAAGGCUGACUUUACUUACUCUCUUUCUUCCUCCGGAUUAAAGACGACAACUAAAGCUACCUUCCGUCAAAAGAGUAUUUCUGCAGAUCUUAGCUUCGACAAAACGCCACUCCAAGGUAGCAUUGUGUUGAAAACUCCUUUCAAUGGGUUUGAGGAAAUGAAAUUGGCCUUUAACCAUAUCAGCUCUGGAUGGGGAUUCAGAAAUCAUGCGGAAGGAACGAUGAGAGGUAAAACAGUUGAAAUGGAUACCGCCUUCAACAACAAGAAUUCCAUAUCUGCAAGUGCAACUAUCAAAACUCCGAUAGCAGGAAUGAACAUGUUUACCGCUUCUUUCAACCAUGAAGUAAAUGCUAAUGGUAUCUCGAGUGUUGCCAAAGUCGGAAUUGAAAAGGAUGAAAUUUCUGUUGAGGCUACAUUGAACAAAAGACCAGGUUCGACUAGUUCUGUCAUAAUCACAACACCAUACUCUGGCUACGAAAAGCAAUCAGCAUCCUUUGUCCACAGUUUUGAAAAGACUGGCAUCCAAUCGCAUUUCGAGGCUUCAGCCCGUGGCAAGAAAGUGGAAGUCGAUGCAAAUGUGGAUUUUGAGGCUGGUAAUCUAUUGAUAAGGACUCCAUUUGAAGGAUUCGAAACACAAGAAAUACUCUUCACUGUAAACGGAGAGACCCUUCAAGUAAAGGGAACAUUUAGAGGAAAGAUUGUUCAGCUCGAGUACUCCAUUUUCACCAGAAAUGGAAUCCAACACACGCUUUCAUUAAAAACACCUUUCCCAGGAUUUGAAGAACAAGCAAUUUCCAUAGAUAACGAGAGAACCCUUCGUGGGUAUCAAACACGUGCAGAAGUUACCUACCAGAGGAAGAAGAUUGAACUUACAGCCAGUUUGAAUAUCGAUACAAUUGUUGACGCAGAUCUGCAAAUCAUUACUCCAUACACUGGUUUCGAAAGUCAGAGACUCUCCUUCAGAGUUGAAAGUGGUAAGGUUCAUGCCAUCGUGUCAGUCAUGCAAGAAACGAUCGAGUUUAACGGCGAGCUCUCAUCUAAUCAAGGAUUGUUGUCUCUUAAAUCGACUCUCAAAGGUUUUGAGACCCAAAGUUUAAGCUUUACAUUUGAUGAUAAGAAAGUCCAUGCACAAGGCAGCUACAGGCAAAAAUCAAUUGAAGUUGAUGGCGAACUUUCAGCAAAGAAAGGGAGUCUCUCGAUCAAAACGCCGUUUACUGAUUUGGAGAAUCAGAACAUUAAGUUUAUUAAGAAAGGACCAAAAAUUCAAGUGGAAGGAACACUCAUGCAAAAAACUGUAGAAAUGGACAUCUCAUUUAGAAACAACAGAAAAAUGGAGGGAAAUAUUGCAGUAAGAACACCUUUCUUAGGUUAUCAGGAACAAGAAGUUUUGUUUUCUCAUGACACUACAGGUGAGGGUUGCCAAACACACGCCGAAGUACUUUUCAACCAAGAGAAAUCUGAAUUUGAUCUCACUGUCAUUAAUGGAUUAAAGAAGGAGUUUAAGGUAUCUCUGAAAACCCCAUUCAAAGAUUUCGAAGAGCAGGAUUUCAGUGUCGAUAUUGUAAAAUCUUCCGAUGGUCUUCGAGGACAUGCCGAAGGAAACUUUAAUAGAAAGAAAAUUGAAAGUGACAUCAGUUUUGAUCUUCAACCCCAAAUGUCAGCCAAUCUCGUCGUAAAGACGCCUUUCGUGGGAUUUGAGAAACAAAACAUGAAGUUCACCCAUGAGCUGACAUCACGGGACAUCAUUUCCCAUCUGGAGGGAACAUUCCGCAAUCAAAAAUUAGAAGCCGAUCUAUCUGUCUCUCUUCGAGAUUCAAGCCUGAACGCCAACUUUAACAUGAAGACCCCUAUCAAUGAUUUUGAAGUUUUGAGUGCUUCAACAUCAAACACAUGGUCCUCCAAUGGAUACACUACUCAUUUGGAAGUUGGAAACAAUAUAAAAAAGAUCGAAUUCGAUAGCUCCUUGGAUACCUCUGACGCAGUAUCAGUCUCAAUGUCUCUUAAGACUCCUUUCACUGGUUUCGAAUCUACAGUUUUUACAUUGAACAAAGAUGGAGCUUUGGAAAACUUACAAGUGUCCAGCAACCUUGUCUAUGGAUCCUCCCAAACUGUAUCAGUCUCAUUGCGUAAUAUAGUCAGCGAUUCUUCACGAGAACACUCCUUGAAACUCCAAAGUCCUUAUAAUGAUAUCUCUACCACGUACACACAGUCGUCAGAUAACGGUAUAUUUCAAUCACAAACGGACUUUUCCGUUGGAAGUCAAUACAGUUUCAGUCAAACAAAUACUUUACAGUACAAUGAUGCUUCGUUGGUUGACUUCACAGCGACAACUACAUACACCAUAGACGGAAUAUCUUCCACUACAAUGACCAAACUACAUCAUGAAGGAACACUUGGUGACUUCAAGACCGAUUUCUCCACAAGGUAUGGAACUGAGGAAGCAAUUGUAUCAGUACAGUUCAAAAACACAGACGCUAUUGAGGGCUCACUGUCAGUCAAAUCACCGGUACCAUACCUUCGUAAUAUUGAUGCUAAAUUUUCACAUAGCGGGGACCUUGACCAGUUUAGGACAAGCGCUGAUUUCCAGCAUGAAAACACGGGGAAAAUGGAGGGAACACUUAAUUUUUUCAGGCGAAACUGGCGUCGCAUCAGCUCUGUCUUGGUUAUUAAAACCCCAUUCAGUGGAUUUGAGCAAACAAAGCUUACUGUAAAACAUGGGGCAAACAGGAACAGCAUCGAAUCAAUUGUUUCUGUUGGAUACGGCAACGAUCAACAUAUCAGAGCUGCAGGGAAGGUCUCCCUCAGUCCAAUGGAAGUAGAUAUCCUUUUCAAAUCGCCAUUCGAUGGUAUGAAAAAUCUGAAAGCAACUGUCAAAACUACCACAACUGGAAGAAAAUACAACUCCGAAAUGACCUUGUCUAGGGAAGACCAUACCAUCAAUUUGCAGUCUACGAUCGAUCUUGAAUCAACACCUAUGUCAUUCAAUGUUGCUUUAUCUACUCCGUUUUCUGGUUUGAAAUCCACAAAACUGAUGGUUUCUCACAACGGACGUCCCCUGGACUUCACCACUAGUGUCAAUGUACAAACAUCGAUUGGAAAUGCAAAAUCUGAUGCUAGAUUCAGAUACAUGUCUAUGUCAGAUAUCGACAGCUCAUUUGAGUUCAACAGUGAUAUUAGUGGACUUGAAAACGUCAGGUUCAGUGUUAAAAACGAUAAAAAUGGCAAUGAAUACAGAAACCACAUGAAAGCCUCAUGGAUGAAAGGACAUACCAUUGUGUCUGAUGCAACCUAUUCCACAAGUGAGACAUGGAGAAUCACCACCCACAAAGCUGGACUAACAAUCAGCACCCCCUUUAGCAAAUUGAGAAGUCUUAACAUCCAAGGAAGCAGCGAAAAAUCCAGCGACUCUGCCAAACAAUCCCUCCUUGCCGAAAUUAAUGAUGAAAAAUUACUGGACACGGAAUUUGCUUAUGCUAAAGAUUCAAAACACUCUAUGUCUUUCGUGAUGAGAGAGCCACAACCAAUGAAAUUCGAUGGGGAAGCAGAGAUGUCCGAGUCCGUCAAAUAUGCCCUUGUUUCCAUUAACUUGGACACAGCAUCAACAGAGAGACAAGCGAAAUUUGAAACUAAAUAUGUCACCGAUUCUUAUAAUCAGAGAAAAGAAGUUACAGUUAAAGUUUCCACACCAUCCAAAUCCGUUGAAUUCAAGGGAUCAGGAGAAAUGUCAUCUUCCCGCAUGCUUUCGUCAUGGGAUAUCCUUAUUGAUGAUUCUCAAAUUUUUGGAAUCGAUGCUGAACAUUCACUAGUCCACAGUCGAAGCAACUAUGAAAAUGGAAACAACCUGAAGCUGAGAUUUCCAGAGAGAAGCAUUGCUUUGUCUGGAUCCUAUCAGACUAAAUAUGGCAAGAAGUCUAUCGAUGGGUCUGUAAUGUGGGAUGCAGACAGAGACACAUCCAAGAAAAUUGGUGCCAGUGCCAGCCUUACUCCUCAAGGAGACUCUAUGAAAGCUGAUGUGUCCUUUGAAAUCCCAAGCAUUGGCAAGGAUGUGAAAUUAGACUCUGAAAUGACCCUGAACCAAGGAAGCGUUGUUUUCGAUGGGAAGACAGAAUUCAAAUAUUCUAAAGAUGAAGACAAGACCGUUGUCAUCAACUCCAGAAUUGAGGACAUCUCAAGAGGAUCCAACAAAAACUAUACCUUUAGCUUCGGACUGAGGCACAUCUUCAGCAGUGUUGAUGUUCAGUUUAAAUCACAUGUUGGAAUGUCAGAUGAAAAGUACUCCAGCGGAAUCAAGGUUGACUACCUAACAUCGAAACGUAUAAAUAAAAACUUUGCUCUGAUGGGAGAAAUCGACAGCCUUCGUCGCCAAAUAAAUGUUGAGGUGACCUCACCCAUUAAAUCGAUGAUUAUGUCCGGAAAGAUCGAAACCAAACCAUACAGACUGAGUUUGCGCAACAUGUACGAUAACACAAAGGAAAUUGACUCUCGCAUCACUUUCGAUCCUGAAAACAAAUUACUGGAUGCACAAAUUAACUAUGACAUAGAUAACCCAGCGAAUGUGUUGCACUUCAUUGCUAAGUACGUGAACGACAGUGCCAUUCUUGCCGAGGUGUACCGAGAUGAAAAUUCUCGUAGAAUUACAGAUAAUCUCCUAGCAAUGAGAUUGAAUACAUCAAGAAUCCUGCACACUCGUAUUCAUUGGAGACCUUCCAUGAUCCAGGAUCUCAAAGUAUCUGGACUUGCAAAGAUAGCUCUGACCAGCAGGCAAAUGAACACCGCUUUCUCUGAAGCAGCCAAAGCCGUGGGUGACGAACUGAAUUCCAAAUACAAUUUGAUCCGUCAGGCUGCCAGUGAGGGAUACCGCCCAUAUGGUAAAUUUAUGGAGGAGAUCAUGACUGAAAUCGAAAAGAACUAUCCCACUGUUGAUAUGAUACUCAUCAGAAAGAUAAUUAAAAGCAACCCUGUUGAAUGGCAGAAUUUUCCCGGUAAAGAAGCGUACAACGUUUACGUGGAGGCCACCAAGGAAAUAAUUACACUGAUGGAAUCAAGAGGCAGCAAGAAUUAUGCUGAACUGAUGAAUUUCAUUGAACAACAGUUUGUUGAAUUGUCUGCUGUCAUUGAAAGUUCUAUGAAAAAAUACCAAGCUGCGGUGUCCAAAUUAUCAGGAAACCACGUAUCUGAGUACUUAAAAUCAAAGUACGAUGUAUAUUCAAGAACACUUAGUGAAAUGGAAGUGCCAGAUAUGGCUAGUCAGUAUACAAACGCCAUCUACAAUGCCAGGGACCAAAUCGCUUCUAGAAUGAAUGGACCUGUAUUAAAAACCAUUAAACAGGCUGGAGAUCAAAGUUAUCAACUGGCUAAAAACGCAUACAAAUUUUGGGAAGUGGAGGAAAAUAUCAAAUCUGUCAUGACCAACAUCUUUGAUAUGAUCAAAAAAGACAUUGAGGAGGAGUUUGCGAUUCUCAAGAAUUCCAUUUCCAACCUUCAAAACUCUAGGAUUACUGUUUUCAACCCAAAAUCAGGGGAAAUACAAAUGGACACUUACCUGCCUGUAGCUAUGCCGUCUUUGAGGGAACUUCCUAAAAUAUCAGUCACCAAGUAUGUCAAUCGAUUCCACUCCUAUGUCCCAAAAUAUUCCAACAAAUGGGGAUCUCUGUCGGAGUACAUUCCCGAUUCUGAUGUUUCUAACUGGAUUCCACCAUUCAGAGCUGUUGCUACUUUGAAUGGCAACCGCGUCACAACCUUCGAUGGUGAGGAGUACGCUUUCUCUGGAAAAUGUUCAUAUGUUCUAGCACGAGACUACACUGAUGGAAAUUUCUCUGUCAUCAUGAAUUUCCUCGGAAAAGACAAACAACAACUCAUCAUCAUGACAGCCAAUCAGAAACUACAAAUCGCCCCCAAUGGAAAGCUUCGUGUUGAUGGAAAAAUUAUCAGCACCCCAUACAGAUCUGGAGAAUUAAGUGUGGUUUCAGAGGAGCAGUCCUUUAACGUGUACGGCCGUGGAUUCACCGUCAACUAUAACAUUCCAAGAGAUCAACUUAAACUCGUUGUAAGUGGAUGGUACCACGGAAAAGUAGGUGGACUUUUUGGAACCAACAACAAUGAAGUGUAUGACGACAUGAUGACAUCAUCACGGCGAACUGUAAAUGAUGUGGAUCCGUUCGUUAACAGCUGGGAGGUUGACAGCAAAUGCCGUUAAACUGAAAAACACUGUUAAUACUAACUUUGAUUUAUCAUUCAAUUGUUAAAUCCAUGUUUUUGUUAUAUUGAUUUCCCCAAUCAAUAAAUAAAUCAUUUCAAGCAGUA